AUGACAGCAGACACAACUACUCGCGAUGAUGAUACCACGAACUGGGGCUCAAUUCACUCUCCCGUCAUUGCCCAACAACUUGGUGUUAUUGGGCAGCAAGCUCGCACCACUUACAUUCAAAAGGGCGAUCGUAGAGAGCCAGAGCGCAGAGAGUCAAACCAGCGGGCCGUUUCUACUUUCACGAACAGUGAGGAAAUGACCAUCAUGCUGGACACAUCCGUGCCUCAUCAUUUGAUGUCCGAACCAAGAGGCUCAUGGUUGAUGGAUGAUGAGAACAUUCCGAUGCCAGAGAGACCUACUUCCAGUCAAUGGCAUCGCCGAGUUGGUGAUGAGUGCCCAAGCUUCUCUGCUCGCAAAGAGAAGACUCGCUCGAGGAAGUUCCCACCACCCGCCCCCCUACUGCUGAGCUCUACUCCCUCUGCAGCCAAGCAAGCCAUCCUAAUUCAGGCCGCCGAGCCGUCUCCACUUGAAUCUCCUGAAGCCGCUCUUAAGAUCAUCCAGGCACAACUAAAGAAGUAUGAGCAGCCUAAUCGUGAUUCAGUCGAGAGCCAGGGCCAGCGUCUGGCACUUCUGGAGAACCUUGAGCAGGAGAUGGGUCUGCAAGAAAACCACUGGCAUGAGAUGCAGCACAACUUGGGCAGAGAUUCUAUCUCUACGAUCCAAACCUCGCCAACCAUUGAAUCUCGCCGUACAUCUGCAGUUUCUACUCAGGCCAAUAUUUCCGUGAAGAAAGACCUGGCUGAGCGCCGUGCGUCUCGACGUGCUCGCAUUCGCAGUGGCAGCUCGUUCACAGACAACUCUCAGAGCCCUAGCGGCAACUCGCGGGCUAGCCUAUGGAAGCACCGUCUUGAGGAAGCACAGAUGGAGUACAUGGACAAUGCUGCUGAACUCCUGGUGAAGCGCAACAUGAAUUUCUUUACCGUCCCGAAGGCACAACUCGGCAGUCCUACGCCACCACACACGGACGACUCGGACCAGGAAGACCAGAUGAACAGGGACCUUGCAGCUAUCCUUGCACAGGCUCCCGCUAAGCCAAAGACCGAGUAUCUCUGGAAGCCCUCUUCUCCGAUUUCACAAUCCACUACGACCUUGUUGUGGGUACGACCCGAAAGGCCAUACUACGUGCCCGUCGCCGAGCCCGAACUCCCGGGGCUCAGUGUUCGCCCUGCGCAACGGAAAGAGACGGCUCCUCUCAAGAUCUAUACCAACCGCCUAUGGCAGAAACCUGCAUCAACUGCUUCUUAUAGUCUGACUGGCCUGUGGCAGCCGCCUUACUUGCGAGCUCAGGCUCUUGCGCGUUCAGCAUCUCAACGCGAAGCUCAGCAACAAUCUCAGAAAGCGCCGCCUCCCCGUCCUCUGACUCAACGACCUCCAAGACGACCAAAGCGAGUGACACUGCUUCCGGACAUUCUUGAGAGUCCCAAGCCUCUUCCUGACAAGCGAGGCACUCUUGGUAUCUUCCAAUUCCCGUGGGGUGAGAAGUCUGACACAGCUUCAAUCCAACCCAAGCCAGCGAUGUUCAUGGCCAUGCCUGGUACCAUGUCCACCGGUGGCUCAGCCGUAAGAGCCGCUCUUGAGGCCAGGGCUUCUCAGAUUGAGGCAUCCGAGUACUCAUCUUCAUUCUUCGAUGACUACGAUGAGGAUCCGAAUGAAGAUUCUGAUGAGAUGGGCUCUGACAGCGAUGACGGCUUUGACGAGACCACGCUUUGGGAAAUCGCUAGCUUGCUAAAGACCGAUGGCGUACCUUCUAAGAACAGCCUGUUCCCGCCUCCCCUCGCUAGCUCUAGCUCUUUCGUAGAGGACUACGUCAAUGAAGUCCCCUCAGACCGCGAAGAGGGUGAUGCUGAUCGUGAGUCAUUCAUCAUCAACCUUGACGAUGAGCUGCCGGAACCCCUUGCACCAGAGAAGUCUCAGCCAGCUCUCUGGACAGCAAGAAGGCAAAAGAGGCGCAGUCAGCAUGGAAAGGGUCUUCCACACCCCGACGAGCAGACAUGGAUGUCCUACAAUGGUACGAAGGAGACUGCUCGUGCCAAGCCACGAAAGUCCCAGCCUGCUGCCAUCGAGAGCGAGAAGCUCUGGCGUCCAUCUACUGCCAAGCUAGAGACCCGAAAGUCGGGCAUGUGGGCACUGAAGACUGCUUUAUGGAGCGGCAGGAGGGAGAAGAAGCGUGGCGCACAUGGCAAGGGUCUCCCUCAUGACGAGGAGAUUUGGGCAUCCUAUGACAAUGUGAAGGAGACCAUCCGCACAAAGCCUCGCCAGGCUCAGGUGGCUACAAUCGAGAGCGUCAAUCUUUGGCGACCAGCGACCCUUUCUAUGUGGUCUAGCGAGUCCGGGCUAUGGUCUCCCAAGUCCGCCCUUUGGGCUUCUGGCGCGAUGAAGAAGCAGAAGGGUAGCCAUGGCAAGGGUCUUCCUCACCCUGAUAUGUGGGAAGCUUACGACAGCGUCAAGUCAACUGUUCGGGCCAAGCCUCGCAGUGCUGAGCCAGCUGUCAUUGAGAGCGACAACCUAUGGGAGCACUCCGCCUCUGAGAUCGAGUCUCCUGCAAACGGAACAUGGUCACCAAAGAAAUCGCCUGCUUCAUCUCAGAUUCCUCGUCUGACUGUGCAGAAGAGCAGCUCACAUGGACACACCAAGAGCAAUCUUUGGAAUGCUCCCGUUAUUUCUAAGGAGACUGCCGAAGUGGGCAUGUUCAACCCCAAGUCCAGCCGGUCAGACUUCCGCACCACCUCUCAGGCUCCCGCUGCGGCUAGCAUGAACCGCAAGCCUCGCUCUGCGGACCACAAGCCUAUGGACAGACUGACCUCCACAAACUUGUGGACCGUUGAGAUCCAAGAGGAGACUGAACGCAAUUGGAUCUCUGUCAGCCCUGCUUCUAGCCCGAAAGCAAAGCAAUCUAGACUUCCUGUCCCAUCUUCAAAGUCACACAUGAAGCAGGCAGCAGAGACCAAGCCAAGACCUCUACGUCAGCAGCAUCGUCCUAAUACUGUUUUCCGAGCUGAUUGGGAGGCCGCUCUUCGGGAAGCCAUUGCUGCAAGUUACCCUAGCCAGCGCGGCGCAACUCCAGCGCAAUGGAAAGCGGCUCUUCACCAAGCGAUUUCAGCCUCCUCUUCCAAGCGACUUGUUCGCAAGGUCGCAAGCUCAGCAGACUGGACCGCCGCUCUGCAGGAGGCAGUCUCCAAGAGCUUCGGUGCUCCAUUCGACGUCUCCAAGGCUCAUCCCGUUUUUGGCGCUUCGUCCCUGAUCACCACGUCUGAGUGGUUCCACCCAGCCGCUACAGGUUACACUUACAACGUUGCCAACGUGCACCCUGUCUUCUUCGGAUCUCUUGCUAUCACUUGCGAUGUCGAGGCCGUUCACCCUGCCAUGUCAUCAUACGCCUCUAAGAAGCUCCGCCGCCAGCGAUCCCGUGACAACAAGGAGAGCCGCAUCCCCACCCCAACUCGGGAACGCAGUCUGAGCCGCAGUGAUAGCCGAGGCAAGCGUAGAGAAGAGAUUCUCGCGCAGAUCCAGGCCAUUGAGAACGCUGUCCCUGAGGUGCCCGCUAUCCCCGCUGCGAUGGCUGAGCCUAGCUCAGACUUCAGCCAGAACGCCAUGAUCAUGGCUCAGAUCGAGGCUCUUGAACAAGAACGUCUCUUCGCGGAGCAAUUCGCGCGCAAGUCCAUGAUCUCAGAGUACUCGACUCCUAUCAUGGAGGUUGAGCCUGUUCCCGAGCUCCCUCAACAGCAGCAACUGUGGACCAAGCCAACUGAGGAGCCAUCUGAAGUGUCGAACUCCCAACCCAGGGACUCUACCAUGUGGGAUCCCGAGCAGACACCCAAGAUCGUUGAGGCGUCUGCACCAGCACUUGCCUCUCCCCGCGACGAUGCGGAGUCGCAGCUGAUGCGAUCACGCUCGCGAUCUCAGAAGGAGCAACGCCGUGCUGAGAUUCUGGCUCAGAUUGCUGCCAUUGAGGGUGGCGCAGAUCCAAUGUCCAUCAACGGUAUGAAUGAGCAGCCCAUGUGGAGUCGUGCUCAGGGAGAAGAGCGCAAGAGGCGUGAAUCCCGUGGCGGCGACAAGGAUUGGCUGGAAGAGGGUAAGGCGAAGAAGUCUAUUGGGUCUAAGAUCCAGCUGCGGUAUUAG